AUGGACGAGCUCACCAGGGACCCCGAGCUUGCCCCGGAGUUCGUCAGGUUGCUCAGCGAGAAACUCGUGGAGACACGUAGGGCCUUGGACGAGUCGAGAAGAGAGAGCAUCGAUCUGAGAGAUGAGAUUCACCAGUUGCAUCGCCAGAAGGCCGAUGCUUUUGCCAGCGAGUCGAACAACCAAGAGGAAGAGCAACGCGAUAAUCAUGUUACACUUGCACAAGAAAUUGGGCAUGUCCGGCAGGCGUUAGCAGAGAGCAACCAGUAUGCUCAGGACACUGCUGAGGAGAACAGCAAUCUUCGCGAAGAGAUAGAGAGGCUGCGAGGGCAGCUAAGCCUACACUCUUCUGACGCUUCAUCAUGGCAGCAGGAUGUUAAGCCUCUCACGACCUGUUGGGCGAGACUCUGCCCCGCAAAAAAUGAUAUAAGAUCGCUUCACCAACAGAACAGUGUCUUGAAGCUGCAACUUGCUGAUUCUGAGCACGCGCUCGAGCGUAAUGAGAAGUGCCGAGAUUCAGAAUUACAGCUAGAUAUACUCACUGCGAAGAAGAAGACAUACAAGAAAAAGCUCUACGCUUCCAGAAGGGAAGUGACAUCGCUCACUAGUCGCAUUCAGCUGCUGCAAAACGAGGUAGUUCGCCUUGAAGAGCUGAAAUACACUCGCGAGCAGAGCGUUUCUAAUGCUGAUGCUGAGCAGAACGAAAGCACUGCUCGUAGAGAUGGUGAUGACACGAGUCAGCACACAGGUGGUUGGGUCAGCGAGUGCGAUAGAAAGGAAAUCAGAAGUGAUGAUGAAAGUGAUGAUGAAAGUGAUGAUGACAGGGGUGAAGAAGACGCAGCAGAUAUGCCAACUGACGUGAACACAUCCGUGGUGACACCUUGCAUUGAUCCAAGUCGUACACCCUAUGAUCUUCCUGCCCAUGUGCGCGAGCUAUCCACAGCGAGAGCAGUGAUCCUCUUAUGGCCCGGGCAGACACGGCAACUCCAUGGGAAGAAUAACCGGAAGGCGCACAUCUUUGCGUCACCUUCCAAGUGUGACACAUCGACGGAGCCCAUCUCGUGGAUCAAGAUUGAGCCCAGUCUCCAGGGAAUCACCGGCGGCACAAGGGAAUUGUUCCGUGCUGUUCAUGGUAGCGUGCAUUACCUAGGGAUGUAUCGUUGCGUCAGCGCAAGCCAUUACUACUCGCAGGAUGAAUUCCGGCAGCUAGAUAAAGAGUUCAAGGAGGACAUCCUGAAACAGACAUUUAUUCGUCCGUCACAAUACAGAAGCUUAUCGAGGCGAAACAGGGACCACAUAAUCGACCUAUACUCACAGGGCAAGGUUCAGGUGCAAUAUCUUCAUCUGGAGUUCGUGAAGUUCAAUCAAGACUACUUCAACGCAUUGAUAGAUCUGAAAAUUCAAGACGAAACGAAGCAUGCGUCGAACAAGCGUAAACGCGAGAGCAGUGGAGGCCGCGGAGCGAUUCGGAGGAAGAAGACCCGUCGAGAGUAG